GAAAAUCCCAAUGCGAAGCAGCUAUAAUGUUAUGGACAUAUGGCGUUUUCUCAAACUUGAAAGAGUAUCAGAUGGAGAUGAGUAAACCUUUGAAGCAACUGAAAACGUAUCAACUUUAGAAAUGGUCCUACCCUGGAAAUGAUUGAAACUUAUUUUAUCAUGGCACAUUGGGACAUCAUUCCUUAUCUUCUCUACGAAACACCUUUUCCUUUUCCCCUUACUAGAAGCAACCGACCCUUUAUCCUUCCAUCAUUUUUGUUUGGUCUGUAGCUACUUUAACAAUUAUACAAUGCUUCAUUCCCUAAGUAACUGCCCCUUUAAAAGCAACAAAGAUGCUCUCUGUGUCUGUGGACUAAAGGUUGCGAAAGCAAUGGCACCCAUCACCACAAUCUUCUUCUUCUUCAUCAACUCCUUGUAUUUUCUCUGCUCUCCAACUCCACGGUCGCCUGCCUCCAAUCCAUUUCCUCUGGCUUUCUCACCCCUCGGAUAUGACGCUUUCCACCCUGAAAUUUCUGCCUGGUUAUGAAUUAUGUUAUCAGGCCUGGGUGAUUUGGGUGUGUUCUAGAAUUCUAGCCAUAGAUUAUGUAUGAAUCCAUCUAAUCCUUAGAAAUGUUUCUCAGUUUCCUAUGUUCCUUUCUGAAUGUGUUUCAAUAAACAACAAUAGCAUCAAUUAAAUAAAAUACACCAUCUUUUAGUUUUCUCUCUGUAGCUUGUUAUCCUGUCAUGUGAAUUAAUGCUAGUCAACUGAACUGAAGCAGGGAAGUCUUUUGUGCUUGGAAGUACCUGUUGAUGAUCAAGGCCGGUUGACGAUGAUGUUUAGUUUCA